GGCAGCGAGUCGGCGACCGGUCGUGUUUCGCUGCGUAAAUUAUAAAGCAAUAAUGCUUAAUCUAGUCAGGGGGGUACGCCGGCUGAACGCGCAAUGCCGGCAUCUCAGCCAGGCGUCGAUCAUCGGCAGCGAGCCGAACAGGGCCGACCCUUUCUACCAAGAGAAUAAGGCGAGAAUGGACGAGCUGGUUAAUGAGCUUCGUCUUAAAACUGACGUAGCCAUCAAAGGCGGCCCCGAGGAAGCGGUCAAAAGGCACACGGCGAGAGGGAAGUUACUCGUCAGAGACAGGAUUAACCGGUUGGUGGACGAAGGCAGCGAUGUAUUAGAGCUGAGCACACUCGCCGCCACAGACCUGUACAAAGGACAAGUGCCGAGCGCCGGCAUUGUUACUGCGAUUGGCAAAGUUCACGGCCACGACUGUAUGAUAGUAGCAAAUGACGCAACCGUUAAAGGAGGAACUUACUUUCCCGUCACAGUGAAGAAGCAUUUACGAGCGCAAGCAAUUGCACAGGAGUGCCGACUUCCUUGCAUUUAUCUCGUCGACUCCGGUGGCGCUCACUUACCGGAUCAAGCGGAUGUAUUUCCUGAUAGGGAGCACUUCGGGCGGAUCUUUUAUAAUCAAGCGAAUAUGUCGGCGGAGGGUGUUCCGCAGAUAUCAGUCGUAAUGGGAUCCUGCACGGCAGGUGGCGCAUACAUACCCAGCAUGUCAGACGAAAGUAUUAUUGUUAAGAAUCAAGGAACAAUUUUCUUGGCCGGUCCACCUUUAGUGAAAGCUGCAACUGGCGAAUCUGUGUCAGCUGAAGAUUUAGGCGGAGCAGAUUUACAUUGCCGUCGUUCGGGAGUCACUGAUCAUUACGCUCAAGAUGAUGAGCACGCAUUACAUUUAGCUAGGAAUGUGGUAUCUAAUUUGAACUGGAAUAGCAAUCAAAGAACAAGAAUACAUAAUAAAAAAGUUGAAGAUCCAGUGCAUGACAUUGAAGAUUUGCAUGGGAUCGUUGGCACUAACAUUCAGAGACCAUUCGAUAUACGCGAAGUUAUCGCCAGAGUGGUAGAUGGUAGUCGAUUUCACGAAUUCAAAGAACUGUAUGGUGAGACACUGGUGUGUGGGUUUGCGACUCUGUAUGGCCACGCAGUCGGUAUUAUAGGCAAUAAUGGAGUAUUACAUUCGGAGUCUGCUUUAAAGGGGUCUCAUUUCAUUCAAUUGUGUGCAGCAAGGAGUAUACCACUAAUAUUUUUACAAAACAUAACUGGGUUCAUGGUCGGUUCAGAGGCAGAAGCAGGCGGCAUCGCUAAAAAUGGUGCUAAAAUGGUAACCGCUGUGAGUUGUUUCAAAGGUCCUAAGAUUACCGUUAUAGUUGGCGGUAGCUUUGGUGCUGGCAACUAUGGGAUGUGUGGUCGUGCAUAUUCUCCUAGUUUUCUGUACAUGUGGCCAAAUGCGAGGAUCUCUGUGAUGGGUGGUCCGCAAGCUGCAACCGUUUUGUCGUUGGUUGCGAAAGAAAAGGCACUGAGAGAUGGUACACAGUGGACUGACGAAGAUGAAAAGAAAAUAAGGGAACCACUGGAGGCUAAGUUUGAAAAAGAAGGUGUUCCAUAUUAUAGUACUGCGAGGUUAUGGGAUGAUGGUAUUGUUGCGCCAAAGGACACUAGGAAAAUAUUAGGACUUAGUUUGUCUGCUGCAUUAAACGCGCCAUUUAAAGAAAGUAAAUUUGGUGUAUUUAGAAUGUGAUGAAUGGAAUUAAUAAAAUUAGUUAAUAUACAAGACUGGUUUAAUAUAAUGACGUUAGAACUAAACUGUUUAUCUUAUCUGACUAAUGUGUUGCUAGUUGUUGAUUAAUUAACUUAACGACUAUUUUCGUUUGAUUUAUUUGCGAUUCACUAUCGUAAUUUGUUGUUUACCGUUUUUGGUUGUAGAAAGAUAAGUGAUACGUGUGUAAUGGUACAAGUAAACAGAUUUAAUUGAUAAAAUUAACGUUAUAAA